UUGGCUGCGGGUGUGCGUGACGAGGUGAGGGCGGGAAGGUAUCGCGGUCGGUGCCCGUGUCCGUCCGUGUGUCCUUCCGCCCGUCAGUGUCUGCACCGCGCCCCCCGCCCGGGCCGGGACCGCGGGACACCCGCGGGACACCCCUGGGACACCCCUGGGACACCCGUGGCCGCCUCGUGACCCGCUCCCGCUGUUCCCCUCUCCCCGGUGCCUCAUCAGUGCGAGCGGAGCGCGCGAAAUGCUUUGGAGCCCCUCAGUCAAGGGUCGUCGUAACCAUGGUUGACUUCAGUGUCUGCAAUGAAAGCUGCUUUAAUCACAGAUAAUCACGUGAUGCUCUGCUCGUCGCUGUGCUGUGUCAGGAAAUGGACUGGGACCAGUUUGACUUGAACCCUAGAACAGUUGCUGCCCUGAAGAAAGCUGACAUAAAAUCAGUGAAAGAGAUUUUAAACCUUUCUGGAGCAGACUUGCAAAGACUGAUGAAGCUCCCCAGCACAGACAUUCAGUGCCUGCUGACAACAGUCUCUCGCACGCUGAGGAGGAACAGCAUGGUCACAGCACUUCAGCUCUACCAAGAUAAAGAUCAUCUCACCUCCCAAAGCCAGAAGCUGAGCCUGGGAUGCUCGGUGCUGGAUAACUUGCUAAAAGGCGGCAUUCCUUUAGUGGGAAUCACAGAGCUUGCUGGGGAAAGUUCUGCUGGGAAGACUCAGAUUAGUUUACAGCUGUGCCUGUGUGUGCAGUAUCCCUACAAAUAUGGUGGAUUAGAGUCUGGAGCUGUCUACAUUUGCACAGAAGAUUCAUUCCCAAGUAAACGUUUGCAGCAACUCAUAGGCCAGCAACAUAAGCUGCGUGCAGAUGUUCCAGCUGAAAUCAUACAGAAGAUCAGAUUUGGAAACAGUAUUUUUGUCGAGCAUGCAGCAGACCUGGACACCUUCCACAGGUGCAUCACGACGAGGCUGUCCCUGCUGCUGGCCAGGGGGAUGGUCAGGCUGGUGGUCAUCGACUCCAUCGCUGCCUUGUUCCGCUGCGAGUUCGGGGUUUCGGAGUCUGUCAUGAAGGCUCGGUAUUUGCAGACCUUUGGAGCGCAGCUUCACAGUUUAAGCACGAGAUUCAGGACUCCAAUAAUGUGCAUUAAUCAGGUGACAGAUGCAGUGAGCGAGUUGGAAGCUGCUCAGUGCAGUUGUAGUGGGGAACAGAGUUGCUCCAGCACUUGGAAUAACCUGGGCAAAUCAGCUGCUGAUGAGACUGAUGGCCAGCCGGAUAUCCCUGCCUGGACAAGCCUCUGGAGUGGCAUCGCACUGCACUGGAAGUGUCAGGACUUUGAGGGUAGUUUUUGCUCCUCAUCUCCCUCCAUCCUCUUGCUACUAUACAGUACAGUUGGAAGGUGUAAAAGGGAUAAAAUAACUCCUUUGCAUGGUGAAGUAUUCUGCUCCAAAAAAAAGGUAUCAGAACUAUGCUUCAGGAAGAAUUACUAGUAAAGUGCAGUUCCUCCUAGGAAGGGAAGAGAGAAGUGGAUGGUCAAGUACAUGAACAACAGCAUGACUUCAUUUAGCCUUGUCCACAUUGUGGAAGAUGUUUUUACACUUGGAUAUUCGGCUUGUGAGAGAAGUGUUCUGGAGGAGAGUGAAGCUGUGGGCAGGUGGAGGCUGCACAGUGAAGUGGGAGGUGGCAAUCCCCAUGUUGGGGGAGACCUGAUGUCUAAUUUUAAUAGCAUACUAAUGUAGAACCAACAUUUACUGCAGUUGUGGACCCUCUCUGUUUCCAGACCCAAAGGGACUCAACUUCAGUCAGUCAGUGUUGCCUGCUGGUGGUUCUGGGCUGCCAUUAAGGAUAGCUGUCCUUUGAAAUAAGACAAGGCAGCUUUGUCACAAAGCAGUGUCCUGUUUUAAAACCCCUUGUUAUUAAUAUUUGGAUUUUUAAAAAUACAGUAUCAAAAAGGUACUUGAUUUUAACAUCUUACUGUAAGAAUUAAAAUUGUACUGCCUUUGUACUAGAUGGGUAUGUUGAGCUUCAUAGCACUUCUACAAUUUUUCCUAGUGUUAAAUUUCCACUCUUUUCCUGCUUUCCUGUCCCAUCCCUUCAUAGCAAAAGCCUCUUUAGCCUCUUUCAUUUGAAAAAUAAUGAACCACACCCCCAUCCCCUUGUUCUGUUUGCCCAUCACUGAAGCUGUGUAACCUCAGGGCAAGUGCUCUCUUCCUGCUCUUCCUGAUACUCUGCCCUGCUCUGUGUUGUGCUGGAUCUGGGCAGUGUUCUGGAUUGCUGCCUCUGGCAUCCUCUGUCCCUGCUGCUGGGCUCUCAACUAAAUUGUGCUUCUGAAGGGCAUCGUCAGCUGUUUUCAUCCAUCCAUGGAGCUUUUGCUCUGAGGUGAUUUUUAUUGUUUAGAGCUUUACAUGGUUUUUCUUUUCUUUAUCGUAUCUUUUUCCUGUCCUCAGACCACUGCCAUGGCACCUGCUUUUCCUGCUGUGGCUGAAUUCUUCCAUCCCUGAAUUAGGUGUGAAAACAAGCCAGGUGAAGUUCCAGAGCCCUCAGACCUCACUAGGCCUGUGUUCUGUGGGUGCCUGCUCUCCUCCCUGUGUGAUGCUCACUUGUAUCACACACUCAUGAAGCUUUCAGAUUCCCCCCUCCUCCCUCCUACCUGCCUGCCCAGGUGGCCCAAGCAAGAACUCCCCGUUUCUGUGGUUACACAGCUCAGGUCUGUCUUUUGGCCAGGCUGCACUAUAUUAGUGAAACAGACACCUCCUCCACCUUUUCCCAGUCACCUUUCAGGACAAAGGCAGCCAUCCUUCCAUGUGGAAGCAAACAGCUGGGCAGCAGAGAGGAAGAGUUCUGUCUGGCUGCACGCUGGCUCAGCUGGAACUCUCUGGCAGGAGACUUCUCAGGGGACAGCUAUGACUCAAGGAAAGGAGACCCUGUGUGACUGCCUCAGAAAAUUCCAGAGGAGAACAGGAACAAUCACACCUUGAAGCUGAAGGAAGGAAACUGGGCAAGCAGAACGGAUGAGUUGCUUUCAGCACCUUCUGAAACUUCUUCAGGUAUCUCAGGGGACCUUGUGCAAAUAGCACAAGUUUUCUCUAAACUGAUUUUCUAAAGUGUCUUAAUUCUCUGUAUUUGGAAAUUACUGUGCUUGAUGGUGGUUUUUAAUAAAAUCCAGCCAUGAACUUCAGAAGCCUUUGUGUAUUCUAAGGAAAAAGUGAAGAGUGUCACAGCUCAGUCAUGGCUACCCGUCUUCAAAUCCCUCCCUUCUGUGCCUCCUUGAUAACAAUUCAAUGAACAGGUAACACUCCAAUUUUUCCUCUUCUAUCCCUGGCCUGUGUAUCUGGCACUGGAACAGUACCCAACAGAAUGCUUAUCCUAGUACUGACUUGAAAAAAAAAAAAGCCACAGAGAGAUGUAGCUGAUUACUGUGAGUCAGUCAACUCCUACCUGGACAUUCAUUACAGGGAGCCUCAUCAAACCCCACCUCCAAUGCCAGGAGUUUGCCUCACAGUGUUCUGAACAUGGAUCAGUCUGAUAUA